AUGGGGCCCUUCACAAAUCUCAUCGUCAAACUGGCGAAGGACAAGUUUGGAGCCAUUCAGACAGAAUACCAAAAGCCAGAGAACAUAGUGCUGACCCUUCAGGCCAUCUACUACGAGAUCGGCUUCCUGGUGUGUGCGACGGUCGGCCUGCUGUUCGCCGUCCUGGUGCCGAUGAUCGGCGUCUUCUUCUGCAUGUGCCGCUGCUGCGACAACUGCGGCGGCGAGAUGCACCAGCGCCAGAGGAAGAACGCCGAUUGCCGCCGCGGCCUGCUGGGAACGCUGCUCUUCUCCACCUCACUGGUCAUCACGAUCGGAGUGCUGUGUGCAUACUCUGCCAACCAGAACCUGAGCUCUCAGGUGAAGAGCAUACGGAGGUUGGUCAACAGCAACAUGAGGGACCUGCACACCUUCGCCAAUGACACGCCGAUGCAAAUUGAUUACCUAAUAUCCCAAUACGCCACAGCCAAGAACAAAGUCAUCUAUGACCUAGAUAAUAUAGGUCCGUUGUUGGGUGGAAGGAUACACGAUCAGUUGGAUAAGGAUGUCCAUCCGGCCUUGGACCGAGUGCUCAAUAUGGCUGGAGUGAAAAUCGAGAGGGCCAUCAAAGCCAUGCGAGAAACCAAGGAGGCCCUUGAGAACGUCAACGUGGGUCUGGAGGUCCUCCAGGAAGGAACCGGGAAGCUCAACUUCAACCUGAGCGUGGUCCGGACCGGUAUCAACCGCACCCUCAACGACCCGGGCUGUCACGACGAGGACUCGGACGCCACCACCGCCCAGCUGUGCCGCAACAUCCGCCAGUCGCUGUCCCAGCUGCAGAUCGGCGCCAACUUCACACGGCUACCCAAGGUGAACGCUCAGCUGGAAAAGAUGAACGACGUCCUGAGAACGGACCUCAGUGCCAUCGUCCAGCAGGGCUUUGCCUCUUUAAACGACACGCCUCGUACGGUGGUGGAACAGACCAGAAGUGUCGUGGAGAGUGUGCAGAGUCUGGUAGACGGCAUUGGCAAUAACAUCAGCAGCUUUUCCAAGGUAUUCCCUGUGCAGAGCUCCCUGUCCAACUUCACGAUCUUCAUCAGCCACGCCCAUGCCAAGAUUGAGGACCACUACCCCGACAUUGACAAGAUGGACUUCUACAGGUGGAUCGGCUGCAUCGCUCUCUGCUGCAUGGUGGUCCUCGUCCUGGCCUUCAACUACCUGGGCCUGCUGUGCGGCACGCUGGGCUACGACAAGCACGCCUCGCCUACGACGCGAGGAUGCAUCUCCAACACGGGAGGAACGAUGCUCAUGGCCGGCGUCGGAUUUACCGUCAUCUUCUCGUGGGUGCUGAUGGGAGUGGUGACCGCCAUCUUCCUGGCCGGAGGAAACAUGGAGAAACUUUUUUGUGAACCCUUCCACACCAAAGAAGUCUUCAAGGUGGUGGACACCCCAUAUCUGGCCAACCCAGACUGGAAGAACUUCAUCCCCGGCUACAUGUACAACGACUCCGACCUGGAGCUGACGGCGGAGAGCUUGUACAGUACUUGCAAAGAGAACAAAGGCAUCUACUCAGCCAUGCGUCUGGACAAAGUCUUCAACAUCUCCUUGUUCCUGAACACUACAGUGUUUACUAAGGACGUGGUGAGUCAGCUGGACAGCGUGAAGAUCGACCUGAGGGGGAUCAUCCUGUUGGAGGCCGAGGGGAGGCAGAACCUCCUGGACUUCUCCGAAGCGGGGCUGUCGGAAAUCAACUACGCGGACUACCUGGAAGAGGUCAACAAAGGAGUCACCGUGAUGGACCUGCUCUCGUUCGCCAGAGAGCUGGAGGCCCAGACGGACCUCAUGCCCAGAGGCGCUCUGCAGACCGCUCUGAAAGGCCACGCCAGCACUCUGCGGCAGAUCCACAGGCAGCAGAUCGUCUCCAUGGAGCAGGCCAUGAAAUAUGUUAGAGCGAGGAGUGCGUUGAACCAGAGUAUGAGGUUCCUGGAAAGAACCACCUCAGACCUGCCGAACAAAGUUUUAGCGGUUCUCGAUGCUAUUGAAGCGGCCCAGUACCUCAUCUCCCAGAAUGCAACACAUUUAAUCAACCGGGAAACGGGAAAAUACACGGAGACCAUCGUCGGCUACUUCCAUCAAUACAUAGAAUGGGUCAAAACAUCAUUGGCUAUGGAGGUCGCGCCGUGCAAGCCCUUCAGCAACAUGCUGGACACGGUGGAGAUCAUUACUUGCAGUUUCUUGGUCGACUCCAUGAACACCUUCUGGAUGGGCCUGGGCUGCAGCACCCUCUUCCUGCUCCCCAGCAUCAUCCUCGCUGUGAAACUGGCCAAGUUCUACCGCAGGAUGGACACAGAGGACGUUUACGACGACAUUGAGACAAUUCCCAUGAAAACUAUGGAAAUUGGUAAUAAUGGUUAUCAUAGUGAGAGCCCACAAGGUAUCCCAAAUCCUAUGCUGACAAGCGUCCCUACAUAUGACACUAUGAACAGGUUCCCACGGGCCUCGGCUCCUCCGAGGCACAUCGACUGGUGACAGAGAGCCGUGCUCUCGUUCCGGCUCCUGAAAGUGCCCUCGAAAACUGGAACUGAAACGCGCCAUCGUAAACUGUUUGUCACGAGCCCCUCGGACCAGAAGAAGCUCAAUAAAAAGCUGGUUUCUUCACAACAGAAGAGGAACACACAAAUCCCUUUGGGUGUUUUUUUUGUUGUUGUUGUUGUUGUUUAUUUUUUGU